UGGGGGAAAAGCAUCCGCGGAAUCUGAGUCCCUUACCGUGUAGAGAAUAAUCGUCAAAACUCAACGUUCACCGAGAAGUUCAGUUCGUCCAAAAGAUUUCUGGACAGACGACUUGAGGACAUUUUCGUCUACUCACGACUGUGAAAAGCAGGGUGGGCCAUGCCGUUCGGCUGCUUAAAACCUGGCGAGAAGAAGGACUACAACAGUCCUAUGGAAAUUACAGACAAAUAUGAUCUGGGACAGGUUGUUAAAUCGGAGGAGUUCUGUGAGAUCUUCAGGGCGAAGGACAAGAAUACACUCAAAAUGUACACCUGCAAAAAAUUCCUGAAGAAAGAUGGAAGAAAAGUGCGGAAGGCUGCUAAAAAUGAGAUUAUCAUCUUAAAAAUGGUGAAACACCCCAACAUCCUCCAGCUGGUGGACGUCUAUGAGACCAGGAAGGAGUACUACCUCUUCCUUGAGCUAGCCACAGGUCGCGAAGUGUUUGACUGGAUCCUGGAUCAAGGCUAUUACUCUGAGAGGGACACCAGCAAUGUGAUCAGACAGGUUAUGGAGGCAGUCGCUUACCUGCAUAGCCUGAAGAUUGUUCACAGAAACCUAAAGCUUGAGAAUCUGGUGUAUUACAACCGACUGAAACAUUCUAAAAUAGUCAUCAGUGAUUUCCAUCUGGCAAAACUAGAGAAUGGACUCAUCAAGGAGCCCUGUGGAACCCCAGAGUAUCUGGCCCCAGAGGUCGUUGGAAGACAGAGAUAUGGCCGACCUGUGGACUGCUGGGCCCUUGGUGUGAUUAUGUACAUUCUGCUUUCUGGAAAUCCUCCAUUCUACGAUGAAACAGAUGAUGAUGACUACGAAAACCAUGACAAGAACCUCUUCAGAAAGAUUCUUUCUGGAGACUAUGAGUUUGACUCACCAUACUGGGAUGAAAUUUCAGAUUCCGCUAAAAACUUAGUUUCACGUCUGAUGGAGGUGGACCAGGAUCAGAGACUGACUGCUCAAGAAGCCAUCAACCAUGAAUGGAUAUCUGGGAAUGCUGCCUCAGACAAGAACAUCAAGGAAAAUGUAUGCGCACAAAUUGAGAAGAACUUUGCAAAAGCUAAGUGGAAGAAAGCUGUAAGGGUCACUACCAUGAUGAAGCGUCUCAGGGCACCAGAGCAUCAAACAGCACCAGCAGAAGCAGCAGCGGCCAGGCCAGAUGCAGCCAACUCUGCUGCAGAGGCCCAGAAAAAUCCCCAGGCACCAUUGGAGGCCUCCACAGCCCCAUCGAGUACUGCUGAAAGCAACUCUGCAGGCACAGAGCCCCCUGCCGCGGAUGCUCCUCCUAGUAGUGACCCAGAGGCAGUGGCCGCUGCAGCCCAGCCUCCAACUGAGCCCAUUCUGUGCGUCCCAGCUCCUGAACAGCCGGAUCCCACAUUGCGAUGCAAUGGAGAGGCAUUAGCCCCACUGCUGCCAGCUACAGACACAGGAGAGGAACAGAGCGGUUAAUUACGCUAAAUCUCCCACCUACUUUAAGAUCCUGCUGUAGAUAAGCCGCUAUAGCAUGCUAAUACUGAAUCCGCAGCACAUAGCAUUAAUCUUAACACACUCUUUCGCAAGCUACUUUACAACAAUCUGCCACUUUCCAGCAAACAUCUGUUUUCUAUAAAAUCACAAAGGUGUGUUGCUCUUAUUGGAGGCUUUUAACACUUUGUAAUCUUUGCAUAAAAAUAAAUAGCUGUUUUAUGCUUACAUUAAGCCAUGAUUGGGAACUUUAGCACAGAUCUGCAUAUUUGUUUUUGCAUAGAUUUCCAUAGCAAACAUUUCUAAAACUAAUUUUAUCAAAUUAAUAUUCUGUACAUUUUUAUUUAAUUGUAUUAUUUGUUCUAUAGUUUUUUUUUUAUUAUUAUUAUUAUUAUUAAAUAUAUGUUAUAUUAUGUAUUUUGUUUUAAUUUAUUUUAUUCCAGUUGUUUGUUGACUCAGUUAAUAAGCAUUUUACCAAUCUUGCUGUUUUCCACCAGCUCAGUGAAGUGGCCAAGUGAUCAGAGAACCACUUUUAAUUUCCUGUCAGACACUUUGGCUUUUUGUGGUGUAAAAUUUCUGUAAAUAGCUCACUAAUCUUAAACAUCGCCAACCACAGCAUGCUUUUUCAGAUCUGCUGUAAAUGACAUGCAUGUUCAGGUAUCUAAUGGCAUUUCAGCUUUACAUGGACAUUCCAUGUCUUGAUCAAACAAACACUCAGUAAAUGUUGUUGGUUUAAGGGGAUUUAAAUGAAAAAUACUUCUACAGUAUUCUGCAGGGACUAAGGCGGCUAAAUUAAUCUCAUAAUACAAAUGGAAAUUUAAUGGUUGAGACAUGUGGCCCAAUAAAUGGAGCAGAGUAGGUAAAAGUAACAAAUACCUCAAAUCUGCUUGGUAGCUAGCCAUGUGAAAAAGUGAUUUGUUCUUAUAAUGUAUUAUAAAAUAAUUUGCUUACAUUGUCCAUUUUUUAAGUAUAUGUAGAUCCACAUACAUAAUGCAUAGAUAUUCUUUUGAGGCAUCAAUGUACAGUAGAUAAAAUACUGUGGCCAUUUUAUGCCAGCUUUGAGACACUUUUGUUGGGUUUAAUGUAUUUACUAAUUUAGGAUCACUUUAUUUUUGCUUGAAUAUCCCUCUACUGAUGUAUGAUGCAUUUGAUUAUAUUGUGUUCUAAAACAUAAAAUGAGGUAUUAUUAAUAUUUAACUUUUUUUAUUUAAAUAGAGCUUUUCAAAUUGUAAUUGGUAACAGGCAUCAGAUAUGAACUAAAUAAUUCAAAUACAGUAAUUUGUAAUAAUACUGACCCUAAUAACCAAAAACCCUAUCCCUAACCCCAGUAACCCUAUCUCUAUCCUAACCUUUAGCCUAAAAAAACCAAACAAUCCUAUUCUACCCCUAACCCCUACCACAACCCCAAUAAAUAUGUUUUGACUUGUGCAGCACAUUUUACAGGAUAGCCUUUUCUAUUUUUUUCUUCUUAUUAUUUUAUAGAAAUGCCAUAUCCAUCUAAAUGCCUAUGGCCAGAAACAUACUUUAGGCUACGCAAAUACACAAACACAGAUGCAAGUGUUUGGUCAACAUUAUCUUACCUACCGAAUUACCUUCAACAGUUUGUGCCAUAAAACCAUAUGUUAUUGUUUCCCCUUCUGUCACUCACUUGAAGUUGUGUCAAUGUAGUGAUACAAGGGGUCGCUCCUGUGAGUCCCAGACAUCUCUGGCAUUUGAGAAAAGGUCAAUGAAAAUUGGUGAGUGGAAUUUGCAUGCCACUCCCCCGGACAUAUAUAAGGAGCUGGAAUGCAACCACUCAUACAGACUUCUUCGGAGCUGAGCGUUUGUAUUCACUGAGAUGAAUUACUCUGCUGAUCCAUUCAUCUCUAAGUUCAGUGAAGCUGAAUUACGGCACAUUACAGUGGCUUCUCCCCCUCUUGCACUGGUUGAGUGCAGAGAACGCCCCUGGGCGCUUAAGCAGCCUAAAAAAGUAUAUUCUUCCUCUAAAAGAGUGUAUUUCCCUUCUAAAAGAGUGGCCCUCAUGGAGAGCAUCUUUUUAAAGAUGCCUUUUCCAUUUGUGUAUAUUUCCUGGUUGCGAUCGGUUUCCUGGUUGCCUCUCAGUUUCCCACUGCCACUAUCGCUGCCUCACAUGUUGGUCGCUGCCCACGCAGGGACAGCGUUCGUGGACGGGUCAUGUUCUCACUGCAAGAGCAUGAUAAUGGCAACGUUGCAGUCGCGGGUUUCCACAGCGUAAGACCUCAGCGGCUCCCCGCCGCGGUCCUUCUACUUCCGGGUUAGCCACGUCGGUUAGCACUGGGAGCGAUUUGGGAAUUUCAAUGGGAGCCGCUCCGCCGGGAAACACCCCGCAGAACUCCCAUUCCCCAGCACGCUCGUUUGCCCCAACGAGUUCUACGAUGUGACCGCCGGCUCCUCUCAAGGCGAGUCCACAAUCUUGUUCGUGGCACGCGACGCAGAUGAGCUUUCAAAUACAGCAUCGGAGAGCGGGCUGGUUCAGUCUGACGCCAUGUGCAGCUGACAAACAUGCUUGCCCAGGCAGCUGCAAGCGUGGGGCUGGAGGGGAAUCCUCCCCCCUGAACCCUCACGGCUUGAUGAUUGGUCCCGGGGCCCCGAGCGCUGCUCACGGCCACGCCCCACCCCUCUAUCUUUCUUCCCAGAAGUGCAUGAUGAGCUCACGCGAUCGCGGCAGGCAGCUUUUACUGCCUGGAACCAGUACGUGGGCUCAUCUGCUCUCACUACCCUUGACGGUGGGGCUGCCAGGGGGAGCUUUGAGACUCCCCAGGUGGUUAAGGUGAUCACAGUGUACCUGUGCAACCUGGCGGAGCCAUCCGUGACUCCCGUCCAGGGCCUGUAGGUUUAUCCAGGCAGUCCAGGAAGUUGGAGACUCACUGCACAGGAGCUGGUAAGAGCACCACUCUUAUCAUUUUGUACCCACAUUUUAAGAAAAGAGUGGUUUCCUUACUGCCUGGGCUUCACAGUCGGUGUCCAAUUACCAUCAAAAUCACAACUGCCGGGCACCAUUUCUCUCUGGAAGGUUCGGUGGCCCGAAGGCGGGGUUCCCGCCCCCGUGCACCCAGCUGUGGCACAAGUCCAGCCCCGAUGUGAUGGCCUCAAUGGAUCACAAGGACAGACUUCUCCCUCUCCCGUCCCAGGCUAUUCCGGGAGUGGUCAUAAUGAGCCAGGUAAGUGCUUUGAUGGCCCUGGACUCGGCACUGCAACAAGUGGCACCUCAGACUCCGCCCCAUCGUGGGUGUGGAGAUUGCCUCGGAGGACACGAUAGAGCCUGUUCCUCCAGCCGAGAUGGUGUUUUUACAGCCCCUACUUCAUCAUACUAAAAAAAGUUGGUGGGUUGCGGCCAAUCUUGGACCUGUGAGUUCUGAACCGAGCUUUGCAAAGAUUACCAUUCAAGGCGGGGUGUGGUCUCCAAGGUGUCCUCCUCUUUGGAGGGACACCCCCCGACGUGGACCUUAUUUAGCCCCCAGCUGAAUGAUGUCAUUACUUUUUGGGAGACAAAAAGAGAAGUGGCCGCAGCUGGGUCAGCUGGUCCUUAUUUUUUGAGCAGUCAACUUGUCCCUGAGGGGCAGGGGACUAUUUGAUGCAUACGAGUGCGUUGGGGGUAGUAACGUGAUGGCCUUUUGCACUGGCUAUGAGUGGAGUUCUGCCCGUCUCGCACUGCCAGUCCACAGUACAGUAGUUGUGGCGUUUUCCAUAGGGAACUUCGAGUGAGUGACAGAAGGGGAAUGUCAUGGCUACUAAUGUAACCUCCGUUCCCUGAUGGAGGGAAUGAGAUGUUGUGUCCCUCUUGCCACAACACUGAACUACCCGCUGAAAUGCCCAGGACCUUGUCUCAGCUCCUCAGUGUGAAACUUGAAUGAGUUGUUGCAUUUCAGCUCCUUGUAUACCCGUAUGUUUGGGGGAGUGGCAUGCAAAUUCCACUCGCCAAUUUUCAUUGGCCUCAAAGAUCAGAGAUGUCUGGGGAUCCCAGGAGCGACCCCUAGUGUCACUACAUCGACACAACGUCUCAUUCCCUCCAUCAGAGAACAGAGUUUACAUUAGUAACCAUGAUGUUAGAUAAGUUGCUAUAAAUAUAUUGACUUUAACAAAGUUGAUUCUCCCAAACUGUUGCUCUGUCAUUACAGUAGUUGGCUUGAAAGAGAAAACCAAGGUAGAAGCAGACAUUUCACACCAAUGGGUGCUUUAGUUCCCUCUGCAGCAACGCUGAAAAUACAACACAUACUUGUGUUGUGGUCUGACACAUUACAGAAUGCUACGAUGCAUGGAAUCGAGCUCUGUGUUCACAUAGUUGCAAAGAGUAUGUUCAGGGCAUAUUUCCAAUAAAAAUCUUGUCUUUCACUGUUUUACAAAAUUUGUAGGUACUUUUCAUUUAAUCACUGUAUAUGCUUCACUUUAACACAUGGAGUGUUUUUUUUUUUUUUGUGUGUGUGUGUUUUUUUGCUGUCACAAUUUAUUUCUGAAAGGGUUAAUGUGUUUUUACUAUAUCAUUUUGAUUUUAGCACAGAGACAUGGGAGGUGAUGUGAUAUUACAAGAGCUUAAUCAGCACAAAAAGAAAGGUUGUACUCUUAAUAUGAGCAAUAGUCUAAAACUGUGAUACUGUGAUGCUACGCUCAAUGUCAGUGUCCAUGUUAACUAUCUCAAUCUUUGAUUGGUGUCCUUCAUUAAAGUGGCCGUCAAAAAGGAAGGGCAUAGAUCAUGUUUACAUGCCUCUUGACCACCAACUCAACUUCCUGGAUAACUUUUUAUGGGAACAGCUUAAAGGAAUAGUUCAAUGACAACACAAGUUCUUACUGGAACGAGCUUCUCCCAUAUCACUCGUGAAAAUGCAAUGGACAUCAAAAUCUUUACUGAAAAAUUACAUAAAUCUUGGUUUGUUUCUCAACAACUCUGCCUUCAGAAGGCUUGUAAUAUGACACACGAGUUGCAUGGGCUAAUUCAAUUACAUUUUUUAGUCCUUUUUGAAGCUUGAAAAUGUAUCUCUUUUCUCUGCCUCCAGUGGCCAACUCUUUGUAAUUGUUGUGCAGUUUUGUAGUUUUGAACUGAAGGCCUUGAUAUACAAUUAUGCUCUGUCAGAGGUCUGUUGAUUUAAAGAUGCCACAAGGCAUGGUUUGUGAUUAUUUCGACUGCAGUCAGCUUUGAUAUCAUUUUGAUCUCAGAGAUCUUUUGUGUCAUUGUCAUUUAGAUUUUUCUUUUUUCAUAUCUCUUUGAUCUUAUAAAAUACAGAAUUUCUUCUAAAUAUCUAAAUAUGUCUCAUACAUGUAUUUGUUCUAAUCUAAGAUUUAUUCUGUCUUUACUUUUUACAUUAAACUACUGAAUUAGUAAGGCCUGAAAUAAAAAAAAAAACAUUAAAAAAAAAAGCAUAAGCAAUGUUUUAUGUAGGUCUGAAAAUACAGAUUUUUAUAGCAUUCAUGUAUACUGUACUUUAACCACAACUAGAUACUGUGUAAAACAAUUUAAAGCAAUUUUGGAAAUAGUGCUUCACAAUUGCCUUUGGUGUUUGAUAUGUGUUGAUGUCCCCAUUCUCUCAGAUGUUCUUCUCAGUGUGGUUGACUAUGAACCUGUGAAUUCACUUAGGACUGGCCUCUCUCCACUUUAACCUCAGCAUUAUUCAACUGUCUGUCAUGCUUUUAAGGAAAAUAAACUCAUCCUGAUUG